UUUUUAUGUACCCCAUGAAUGCAAUGGGCAUAGGUACACUUAAUAAAAGUAUGGGAGCUAUUCUGGGUGUGAAAUGGGUGAAGCAUGUGAUGCAACCAUCAGCGGUGUCUCAGGUUGUGGGAAGUCAAGCUGGGGCUAGUCAAGGUGGUACUGAUGUUGGUACUAGUGAUGUUGGACAAACACUCCAACAAAUGGUUGAAAAGUUGGAGGCCCGAUUUGAAAAGUUCGAGGAUGAAACGAAUGGUUCGUUGCAGCGUCUGGAGACAAAAUUAGAUUGUUUUUAUAAGGACUUUAAAGAGUACAUCAACAAAUGA